AUGAAGAAAGUUGGGAAAGAAGUUGUUAAGUAUUUGGGGGACUAUCAAUUUGGGGUGGGGGUCCCCAAUGGGGCGGAGGCGGUGCUGCACAGUGCUAACAGGUUUCUUAAUUCUUUUCAUUCAGAUAGCUCGCUAGCCAUGCUUACGGUUAAUUUCUCCAACGCUUUCAACUUAGUUGAUCGUUCGGUUUUGCUUCGCGAGGUACAUUGCCAUUGCCCCUCAAUAUUCCCGUGGGUUCAAUUUCUGUAUGCCCAGCCUGCUAGACUAUACAUGGGGAAUGACCGCAUCGGGGUAUUCACGGGGGUCCAGCAAGGGGAUCCCUUGGGACCUUUACUUUUUGCCUUAGCCCUACAUCCCUUAGUGCUUCGGGUGCAGGAAAACUGUAAACUCCCCUUCCAUGCUUUGUACUUGGAUGACGGGACUGUCAUCGGGGACGCUGUUCAGGUUGCUAAAGCUCUUGACAUCAUCGGUUCGGAGGGUCCAGCCAUGGGGCUACGACUUAAUAUUAGAAAAACUGAGGUAUUUUGGCCGACAUGCAACGGGGUGAAGGUCCGGACAAGGCUUUUUCCCAAUGAGAUUGGGAGGCCGGAGAGAGGUGUCAAACUACUAGGAGGUGCAGUCAGCCGUGAUGCCAGUUUUAUUAGUAGAUUAGCGGCUAAGAGGGCAACACGUGCGGUUGACAUUAUGGGACACCUUCUCUUGUUGCGGGAUCCUCAAAGCGAACUUCUCUUGCUUAGAUCUUGUAUGGGGGUUGCAAAGUUGCUAUUUGGUUUGCGAACUUGCCAGCCCCCCUUUGUGGAUGAUGCUGUUUCACGUUUUGAUAAAGGUCUUCGGGAGGCAAUAGAAGACAUUGUCGACCACAUCUUACGUAACAGUGGGGUUGCUAACACUGACCCGGAUUAUGCCAGCGCCUUGGAACGGUUGCAAGAAUCUCUCCCUAACUUUGAUCUCGGCGAUUUCUUUAACAAUGAUACCGCCCCCAAAAAGCCACAGAAAGCUUUGGCGAAUGCCCUUUGUUGUCGAAUCGCACAAAGUUUGGGAGAAGAUUUCCAUUUGUCCCCCCGCCAGAAAGCCGUCAUUGAAUGCCUACAGAGGCCUCACGCUCAGGAUUUUUUAACUGUUAUUCCUAUUGAAGGUCUGGGUCAACGUAUGUCAGCGGUGGAGCACCAGUCAAUCCUUAAGUACCGUCUGAUGAUCCCCAUGUUGCCGAAUAAUAAAACUUGCCCAGUCUGCCGUAAAGCAUGCCUGGAUAAAUACGGGGAGCAUGCGUUACACUGCAGAGAGUUGCCAGGGUUUAAGUAUCGCCAUGACUUUGUUCGAGACGUGUUAAUGGAUAUCCUCAGAUGA